CCUUUUCCGGGAGUCUCCAGCUGGCCCUGGUUUGUGUCAGGAGCGCAGUGUAGACAGGAGUUCUAAGUAGACUCAGUCUCACUAAGUUUCUUCUCUUUGGAAGUGGGGGAGGUUUUCCUGGGUUUUUUUUUUUUUUUUUAAGGCAGUUUUAAUAGCUUUGAAUACUCUCUUAAGUGGCUAAACAUAGGAAGGGGAGAAAGAACACGUCGGUUGUUAAAGCAGGGGAGGAAGAGAUACCUGCCCUAGAGCGUAACUCCUCUAGAAAUUAAUAUAUACACAUCACAGUAUUUUAAUAAAUCCCUAAAAUGUCGAGAUAUGUACAAGUCAAGGUAAAGAUGUGUGCGCGGAAGGGAAGGGGAACCGUGAGGACCGAGGGAACGGAGAUCUUAGCAAAGCCAUGUCUCAGGAUGGUGCUUCUCAGUUCCAAGAAGUCAUUCGACAAGAGCUAGAAUUAUCUGUGAAGAAGGAACUGGAAAAAAUACUUACCACAGCGCCAUCACAUGAGUUUGAGCACACUAAAAAAGACCUUGAUGGAUUUCGGAAGCUAUUCCAUCGAUUUUUGCAAGAAAAGGGACCUUCUGUGGAUUGGGGGAAAAUCCAGAGACCUCCAGAAGAUUCGAUUCAGCCCUAUGAAAAGAUAAAGGCCAGAGGCUUACCUGAUAAUAUAUCUUCUGUACUAAAUAAGCUGGUGGUGGUGAAACUCAAUGGUGGUUUGGGAACCAGCAUGGGCUGCAAAGGUCCGAAAAGUCUGAUUGGUGUGAGGAAUGAGAAUACCUUUUUGGAUCUGACCGUUCAGCAAAUUGAACAUUUGAACAAAACCUACAAUACAGAUGUUCCUCUUGUUCUAAUGAACUCUUUUAACACGGAUGAAGAUACAAAAAAAAUACUACAGAAGUACAAUCAUUGUCGUGUGAAAAUCUACACUUUUAAUCAAAGCAGGUACCCGAGGAUUAAUAAGGAAUCUUUACUGCCUGUAGCAAAGGAUGUCUCGUACUCAGGGGAAAAUACAGAAGCUUGGUACCCUCCAGGUCACGGUGAUAUUUACGCCAGUUUCUACAACUCUGGUUUGCUUGACACCCUUAUAGGAGAAGGCAAAGAGUAUAUUUUUGUGUCCAACAUAGAUAAUCUGGGUGCCACUGUGGAUCUUUAUAUUCUUAAUCAUCUAAUGAACCCACCCAAUGGGAAACCCUGUGAAUUUGUCAUGGAAGUCACAAAUAAAACACGUGCAGAUGUAAAGGGUGGGACCCUCACUCAGUAUGAAGGCAAACUGAGACUGGUGGAAAUCGCUCAAGUGCCAAAAGCACAUGUUGAUGAGUUCAAGUCUGUAUCAAAAUUCAAAAUAUUUAACACAAACAACCUAUGGAUCUCUCUUGCGGCAGUUAAAAGACUGCAAGAGCAAAAUGCUAUUGAUAUGGAAAUCAUUGUGAAUCCAAAGACUUUGGAUGGAGGCCUGAAUGUCAUUCAGUUAGAAACUGCAGUAGGGGCUGCCAUUAAAAGUUUUGAGAACUCUCUAGGUAUUAAUGUUCCUAGGAGCCGUUUUCUACCUGUCAAAACCACAUCAGAUCUCUUGCUUGUGAUGUCAAACCUCUAUAGCCUUAAUGCAGGAUCUUUGACAAUGAGUGAAAAGAGGGAAUUUCCUACAGUACCCUUGGUUAAAUUAGGCAGUUCUUUUACAAAGGUUCAGGAUUAUCUAAGGAGAUUUGAAAGUAUACCAGAUAUGCUUGAAUUGGAUCACCUCACAGUUUCAGGAGAUGUGACAUUUGGCAAGAAUGUUUCACUAAAGGGAACAGUUAUCAUCAUUGCAAAUCAUGGUGACCGAAUUGACAUCCCACCUGGAGCAGUAUUAGAGAACAAGAUUGUAUCUGGGAACCUUCGGAUCUUGGACCACUGAAAUGAAAAAAAAAAUACUGUGUACACUUCAUACUAAUUAUGGGCUAAACAGUUUCUUAACGAUGAAAUGUUCUCUAGGAUUCUAAAAUUGGCAGGUACUUUACUAUGCUACUGUACCCUGCAGUGUUAAUUUUUAAAGUAGAGUUUGCAAUAUGCUUUUAGUCCAAGAAAAGCACAGUUGGAAGCAAUACUUUUCUUUAAUGAGGAUCCUGAAAGUUCAUCUUAAAGUGCAAUAUUGUUUAAUCUUAAAACUGGGGCAGCUCUGCUGGAACAUCUUUGAACAGAGGCCUCAAUGAUGGUCACUUUGAAUUGCUUGUGAUUUAAAAAAUAAAGCUGUGAGGCAAUCCA